GGCCAGAGGGGAAGCCAGAGCUCUGAGUGGCUCCAGGCCAGUCUCACCCAGCUGUGCCUCAGUUUCUCCCCACACAACCGGCAGCAGAAUUGAGCAGAGCAGCGUUUCAGCUAGCUGCCCGGGAGUCCGGAACUGCGGUCAGGUAAGGGCCUCCCUGAGGCCCCCCGCCCGGUCCCCAGCCCCCCAGCCCCGCAGUGUGCGCCUGUCUUGGCUGCAUUCUGCCCGGGGCGGGUACAUGUACCGGGCCCUUGACUGCAGGUGGGUCGUGGACGCCGCCGCUGUGCCUUCUCUCCAACCGCCCUUCGCUGCCUCCCCUGGCCAGCCCUGGGAGGUGAGGAGCUGUGCGAGGUGUUCAGGACAGCUGCCCGGUCCCACCACACUCAUGGCAUCCACCACCUCUGCUGUGCCCAGGCCCCUCUCUCGUCCGAGCCCGGCCCACAACAGCAGCGGGAAGGCGCCGCUGGACGCCCGGGAUCCGCUGCUGGCGCAGGCAGAGGUGGCCCUGCUCUCCACAGUCUUCGUGGCCGUGGCGCUGAGCAACGGGCUGGUGCUUGGGGCCCUGGCCAGGCGGGGACGCAGGGGCCGCUGGGCUCCCAUGCACGUCUUCAUUGGCCACUUGUGCCUUGCUGACCUGGCCGUGGCUCUGUUCCAAGUGCUGCCGCAGCUGGCCUGGGACGCUACCGACCGCUUCCUGGGCCCCGAUGCCCUGUGCCGGGCCGUCAAGUACCUGCAGAUGGUGGGCAUGUACGCCUCCUCCUACAUGAUUUUGGCCAUGACGCUGGACCGCCACCGUGCCAUCUGCCGGCCCAUGCUGGCCUACCGCCAUGGAGGUGGGGGGCACUGGAACCGGCCAGUGCUGGUGGCCUGGGCCUCCUCGCUCCUCCUCAGUCUGCCCCAGCUCUUCAUCUUCGCCCAACGCGACGUGGGGGAUGGCAGUGGGGUCUUUGACUGCUGGGCCCGCUUCGCCGAGCCCUGGGGCCUCCGUGCCUACGUCACCUGGAUCGCCCUGAUGGUGUUCGUGGCACCGGCCCUGGGCAUCGCCGCCUGCCAGGUGCUCAUCUUCCGAGAGAUUCACGCCAGCCUCGGGCCAGGGCCGGGGCCGGGGCCAGCUGAGAGGGUGGUGACAAGGCGGGGCAGGGCCCGGGCAGGUGGCCCUGGGGAGGGGGCCCGGGUAUCCGCAGCCAUGGCCAAGACCGUGAGGAUGACGCUGGUGAUCGUCAUCGUGUAUGUGCUGUGCUGGGCGCCCUUCUUCCUCGUGCAGCUGUGGGCAGCGUGGGACCCCGACGCGCCCCUGGAAGGUGGGUGUGGCUGCCCUCGCCCCUGUCCCCUUGUGGCUGGCACGCCCCCGCCCAGCCCGACUCCUGCCCCUGCAGGGCCCCCCUUCGUGCUACUCAUGCUGCUGGCCAGCCUCAACAGCUGCACCAACCCCUGGAUCUACGCCUUCUUCAGCAGCAGCGUGUCGUCGGAGCUGCGCCGCCUGCUUUGCUGUGCCCGGAGGAGCGCCACGCCCAGCCCAGGGCCCCCGGACGAGUCCUGUGCCACAGGCAGCUCCUUUCUGGUCAAGGACACUUCCUCCUGAACAGCCUCCUGAAGUG